UGUUUUCCUACGUCAUGACAUCUUUAUGCUCAUCAUUUCAACAACACUGUGGAUAGAACAGUAGUCCGUGCUCAAUCGUAUCCGAUAAUUGUAGUGAAAAAAUGUCCUUUUUGUCUGGAAAAUCUGCUAUAGUCACUGGUGGCUGUGGUGGCAUAGGCUAUGAGGUUGUCAAAGCUUUUCUUGAACAAGGAAUCAAGAACGUAGCGAUCCUAGACAUUAGCGAUACGAAAAACGUUUCCAAUGACCUUCAAACUAAGUACGGCGAUCGACAGGUACUUUUCAUUAAGACCGACGUCUCUAAAAAGGAUCAAGUGAAAAGUGCUUUCGAUGAAAUCGUUCGGAGCUUUGAGCGCAUCGACAUUGUCGUUGGAAAUGCAGGAAUCCUUUGCGAAAGCGAUUAUGAACGUACGAUUAAUGUGAAUUUACUGGGAAUCCUUCAUUCUACUUAUGCUGCCAUUGACGUAAUGAGUAAAGAAAAGGGAGGUAACGGUGGCAUAAUUGUCAAUCUUUCUUCAGUUGCUGGUCUAAAUACUACGACCUGGAUGCCAGCCUAUUCUGCUGCUAAGCAUGGCAUAGUCGGGUUGAAUCGAAGUUUUGGAGACCAGCACUAUUUCGACAAGUUUGGCAUUAAAUUCAUAACAAUCUGUCCGGGUGCAACGGAAACAUCCAUUGUAGACGAUUAUGAGACAAAGGUGACCUUUGGUGACUUGGAAAGUUUUAAUUUCCAAUUUCAAACGGCAGCAACAGUCGCUCGAUUCAUUUUGAAAGCUAUCGAUUCGGAUAAAAACGGAUCGGUUUGGAUUAUCAACAACAGUGCAAUGACCGAGGUGACUCUACAUCAGUAUUAGUGAACUAACAGAAUUUUAUCCAUUUUGUCGUUUGUACGAUUGGCACAAAGUCCCACCCAUCUAAUAAAGAAUUUAGAAUGAAUAAUCGGGUCACCAUGACCUUGUCGAAAUCGGAAAACUUCUUUGUUGAUUGCACAUGAUCAUCUAACCCGUGCCACAAAUGCAAGUCUGACUCUGAGUCCUGUGCAACUUUAACAAAUUAUUCUGGUAACAAUGACCUUGUACAGAGGUGCAAGAAGGUGCACAAGGAAUUAUCUGGAUCAUAGGACUCUGUUUAGGUUUGAAAUGGGAUCUACUCACCAGUUUACCGUUUCGUGCAUUAUUCGUCGGUAGUUUGUUGCGGCACCAAUAAGUUAUUCUCUUCUCGAAGUGCAUUUUUAAUCGAUGGAAUUGCAUCCCCCCAACAUUCAACAAACCAUUUCUUCGUCUUCACUUAAACUUAAUUUAUAUUUUUCUUUAAAAAAAAAGUCUUCGCCUGCGUGUCUUAAACGCAAUUCUUAAAUACUUUCAUAAUUCGCUUGAACAAAAUUCGCUCAGUUGCCGGCAAGCCAAAUCCCUGCACCAGUAGAUAUCGAUACGGCUGCAAGUUGUACAGAAUUUUCGCCUUGCGUCGAACGUACUGCGGCGACCGUUUCCCUCUGACCAUAAAAUUUUGCUCCAAAUAUCGCAUUAUGUGCACCGUAGCCCGUUUCCGCUUCAGAUUCAUCGAUUUCAGUUUUUUCAGCUCUUUCUGUAGCCGUGCAUUGAUUGCCAUCAGUUGCGAUAUCUUCAGUUUGAGAUUCUUCAGUUGUUCGCGCUUCUCUUGUAGCUUCUUUCGAUAUUGUUCGAUAUCGGUGGCUGGUGGGUUGCGGGAUGAACAGCAUUUC